UACACGUUUAUGGUCGAUGGACGGCCGAUCACGGUGUUGGUGGUGAAAAGGGUUUGUGGAUUGUGGAACUUUGCAGUACCAUAAAACCCCGUGUAAUAUGUUUUUGAAAUAAAUAAUUGAAUAGAAAACUUAAUGCAACAUUCGUUAUUACAAUUUAUUUAGGGAUAGAGCUCUUCAGCUGACAAUGCGUUUCUGCGCAUCCAACUAUACCUAGAUUAUAUAGGUCAUUGGCUGGGUUCGAUAUUUUUUUAUUAAGAAAAGGUAUACAACUCAUGCAGAGAUAACCACAAAUUCCAAGCAAUAAAUAAGAAUGGAACCAUCAUGUUCGCAUUCCAAAUGUGAUGUGUAUGAAAGAAGUAAAUCCUCAUAUGAUAAUGUUGAGAAUAAGACUGAAAACAAUGCUAGGGUGGCAGAAAAACCAAGUAACGACUGUAAUGUAAGACAACAAAUAGAUGACCUCGAGCGCGAGGAUUUUGAAGAAGAAAACAGAAUGCUCAAGCACUGUUCCAGUAUGAUAGUUGAUGGUGAAAUGGCAUCUUCUUCUCACUACUCCGGUAACUUAUCCAGUGCAAACUCAAGUCUAGCAUCCAGCUCGGAGACAAUAUCUACCUUAUCGAAUAUGAUGGCCAACGACUUCAGCUUGCCCGGCUGCAGUAAGAACGAUGACUGUGAAGGCAGCAACGCCACUAUAAAAAACAUGAUCCACAAUAGAACACCAUUCCACUUAUUGAGCGAUCAGCCACCUAAGAAAAUAGACUUUAUGCAGAAGUUAUUAAGUAGCAAUCCACAUAAGAAGAAAGUUUUUCCCAAAGGGAAGCUGUACAAGGGUGAUUUGAUGGAGCACUCCGGUGACCAUGAUAUGUGUGACGAUCUCGGUGGACCGUCGAGUCGGACGAGCUCGAAUGCCUCUAGCAUCGCCAGUUCCAGCUCCGACGUCAAGGAGUUCACUGUUCCCUCUACGUCCAACGCUGAAAAGCUUUUGGGUCUUGACGACAGCAGCAAGAGGAAUGGAGCGAGCACUUCCAAAUCUACAAGUUACCAGUAUUGCGACGUCGACGAUGACUCAGAGGACGACGUCAACGAGGAAUCUUGGUGUACGUGCUUAUCAUCACACGAGGAUGAUGACGACGACGAAGACGAACCCGAACCGGAUGAGAGGCUGUGGCGGAAACGUCGCUUCGAACCGCCUCCACCUCAGUCCGCGAAAAAGUUCUGUCCAGAUGGCUCAAUGAUUCCUGGUGGUAGCAGCGACUGGUCCAACAUCCAAAGCAACAUAGGCCUAACAAACAUCUCCCAAGGACCGCCGGAGUUGAAGCAGUGGUUAAACAGAUUCCAAGCAUGGUCGAACAGCGAGAAGCUCCAAGCUAUUGACGCUCUGAUCAAUAGAUGCGCCGCUAGCCACGUCCGAUACAUGAUGAAAGCAAUAGAACCACUGUUCCAACGGGACUUCAUCUCCCUCCUGCCGAAGGAGCUGGCCCUCACCGUCCUGGGCUACUUGCAGCCAAAAGAUCUCUUGAGGGCCGCGCAGACUUGCCGCUAUUGGAGGUUCCUUGCUGAUGAUAAUCUGCUAUGGAAGGAGCAAUGUCGUCGCAUAGGGUUGACAACUCUGAAGAAAAUGCCCAGAUCACUGCCACGUUGCGCCAGCCCCUGGAAGGCGGCGUACAUGCGCCAGUCGCUGAUCCAAGAGAACUGGCUCCACAAGCCAGUCAACAAUCCAACUGUGAUGAGGGGCCACGAUGACCACGUGAUCACCUGCCUGCAGUUCUAUGGGAAACGCAUCCUCAGCGGCAGCGACGACACAACACUCAAAGUCUGGUCAGCUGUUAACGGAAAGUGUCUCCGUACGUUGGUCGGUCACUCCGGUGGGGUGUGGUCCAGUCAGAUGGUGGGUGAUCUGGUCAUCAGCGGUUCAACUGAUCGCACUCUCAGAGUUUGGAACGCAAAGACCGGCCAGUGUCUUAAAGUACUGGCCGGUCAUACAUCCACUGUGCGCUGCAUGCAUCUACAUCAGAAUAGGGUUGUGUCUGGUUCCCGUGACGCCACACUGCGCGUUUGGUCUAUACCGGACGGGAGAUGUCUCCGCGUCCUUGUUGGACAUUUGGCUGCGGUCAGAUGCGUGCAGUAUGACGGUAAAGUGGUCGUCUCAGGGGCCUAUGAUUACUUCGUCAAAGUCUGGAAUCCUGAUACAGGGGAAUGUCUUCAUACACUGGCCGGUCACACAAACAGGGUGUAUAGCCUUCAGUUUGAUGGAGUGCACGUGGUAAGCGGUUCCUUGGAUACAUCUAUUCGCGUCUGGGACGUGGAGUCUGGCCAGUUGAAGCACACUCUGACAGGCCAUCAGUCUCUGACCUCUGGAAUGGAAUUGCAUUCCAACAUCCUGGUAUCUGGAAACGCGGAUUCCACGGUCAAAGUCUGGGACAUCACCACCGGCCAUUGUCUCCAUACGCUGUCCGGUCCAAACAAGCAUCAGUCAGCGGUGACGUGCCUUCAAUCCAGCAACCGUUUCGUGAUCACGUCGUCCGAUGACGGCACCGUGAAGUUGUGGGAUGUGCGUACCGGCGAGUUUAUACGGAACCUGGUGGAAUUGGGCUCCGGCGGCUCCGGCGGAGUGGUCUGGCGCAUCCGGGCAUCAGCAACCAAGCUCAUCUGUGCCGUCGGCUCCCGCAACGGAACCGAGGAGACUAAACUGCUGGUCCUCGACUUCGACGUGCCGGGCGCCUGUAGGAAGUGUGAUGACUAGCAUCGACUUAACCGGCGUCUCGUACGCCGAUACGCUAAUCUAUACGCGCCGUGGAACUGCUAAAUCGAUCCCAACCGCUGGUUAGACCAACGAAGUGCUCAUAUCUGUCUAGUGUAUAUACAUACUAAGCGUUAUAACCAGCGGUUCCAGGAGAUUCAAUGUAUGCUCUGGAUCUUUUACGAGAUUAAAGCAGUCGCCGUAUGGAUAGUGUGUGGUUUGUAAACGUUAAGAGGUUUACCCACCGGGCUUGACACGUGACCAGUGUAGAAGGACCGCAUUAGUAUACACAGUGUACUCUGAUUACCUUAACUGAUACAUUUAUACCAAUACAAUACCAUUACAUUACAUAUAGUUACGAUUAGAGUUCAUCGACCCGCAAUGGUUGUUAUUGCUCCAUUAAUUUUAACAGGCGUCGCGAUAGAUUUUAUAAUUUAGCUCUGUACCAUUGCCAAAAUUCUGUUACACGUUGUGCUUCAUUGUCCCAAAGAAUAUAUGAGGAUAUCUGAUCUUAGUUAUUAGUUUUUACCAUUAAGACUAUAAUUUGACGAAUAUUAUGUUUGUGUUUGUAAUGCUCUUCGGUUUAGUUAAAUUGUUUCGUUUAGACUUUUAUAUGUAAAAUUUUUUGGUUUUAAUAAUUUAGCUGCUAACGAAUUGAUAUGUCGCUGCUGUACUUUAUAAACAUUUAUGAAUAAUCGUAUGACAUUUAUUGUUUGUAUUAUAUUGAUAUAUAAUAAUUAUUAUGUUUUGAUUUAGUUAUGUUGUUUCAUAUAAUUUGAUAUACAAGAUUUACCGCCAAUGAAGAUUACUCGCUUGCUCGACUGUAGUGUCAUAUUAAGGUUUUCCGUGAACAGCUAUUUAGAAAUUCAAUAGAAAUGUUACAUGUAAGUUAAAAAAAUAAUAAUAUUCGGCACGAUAAUAUUGAAAUAGUUUUUAAUAAUAUUUUUUUUAAUUUACUUUCCUGUUUGCACACUGUGAAAAUCGUUCCAUUUUUAAAUUAUCUAUGCUAUUUUUAUUUCCUGCAUAAUAUAAAAAAAAAAUUAUCAUUGUGUAUGUAUAUAUUUUUAUGCAAUAUUAAUUAUAGUGCAAUUUAUCCCGCAUAAUAUGUUAUGACGAUUAAUAGAACAUGUAAUUUCUAAUUUCUUUUUUUUUUUUAAUAUAUAUAUGUGACGUGAAUAUAAUCUUAUACAAUUAUAAUAAUAUUGAAUUUAAUUGUAAUUAAUCUAUUUUUAAAUUUUUUUAUUCCAUAUUCAAAUUCAAAUGUUUAUUCCAUAUUCAAAUUCCAUAUAAUCGAAAUCGUAUUUUAUGGUCAGGCGUUUUAUUCGAUAAUAUAUAUACAUAUAUAUACAUAAUUAAGAUAAUUGUACGUAUAUUGAAAUAACUUUCAGACUUAUUGUAACACCGAAUUAGAUACCAGCUGUAUGGUCUAUAAUGUUACUCGUAUUAAUGCAUAAUUAUGUCCAUACGAUAUUUAAAUACGUUAGUUCUUUAAGUGGCUACUGUCGGUGUACUCAAUACGCUCGGUGACAAGACAAGUGCGAAGCAUCAUUUAAAAUAUUAUAUUAAAAUUACUUAGUACGUAAUAUGUAUCGAUCGGAUACAUAUGCAACGCUUUGUACUUGUCGUUUCUCUGAGGUUAGGUGUAACUGUUUUAUGAUAUAUAUGUUGUGUAAAUACAUAAUAUGAAUGGGAAACCGUACUGAGAUGUAGCCUUUGAGUGUAUCUUACGCCAUGCGACAUUCUAUCGCCACUAUAUACGUGAACACCUGCGUGCAUUUUAUGGCUGAUUAAAUAAUUAAACGAAGACUGAAGCAUAGGUAUAGUUUAAUAUAGUAUUUAAUGACCUCGAUUGUAUGUUUGUUUUUUUUAUAUAUAUAUAUAUAUAUAAAUAUAUAUAUGUAUGGUUUUGUGUUGAAACCGGCGUCUUAACUAACGAUCGUGCAACACUGACGGCUUAGUCACUAGUUUCGGUGGUCAACUCCAAUGAACUUCCACAUGCUAUUGACUAAGUUAAUAUUUUCAAUUCUUUUUAUAAUUAUCUUUUCUAUAUAUCAUUAGACGCUAAGUUCGGUCAUUGUGCCGCUAUUUUAAUUAGUUAAAAAAAAAAAUGUAAUUUAAUGUUAGUUAUAUUGAUAAUUUUCGUGCCGACGUGAUGGCGCCUAGGAAUGAGAGGUUGGGGUUGCCACCGUCAUAUUGUGUGGGUACACAACCAUGGGUUAAGUGCACUGAAAAAGUGUUUGUAUAUAAAUUAUGUAACGUUUUCGAUAUACCGCUUAGAAAGACUGUCACGGAUUCGGGUUGCGAGUCUGUUUUUCUUUUUUAAUACAUACUCUCAUCGCUAGGCCCACCGUACAACUUGUAUCACUUGUUCAUUUCGUCGGUUGUAGCAUAGGUGAUGAAUUAAACAAUAUAAAAUCGGGUUGUUUGAUUUCUAUAUGUUUUUUCUGUAAUCCUGCUCGUCUCGUGUCCAUAGACAGGACGGGCCACGCCGCGGAUGCUUACACAUAAUUGUUUAACUUUAAUUUCUGAUUACUAUCCUAAUUUUAUAAUUUUGCAUAAUGUAAUAUCAUUUCAAUAAAGUCAGUUGUUUUUU